UUGGUUGUGCAACUGUAAGAAUAGUUCUUCAACGCCAGUAAACAGUUUGAAAUAAGUAUCUCUUUGGUCAAAUCGAAUAAUGAAGUCGUUUAUUGUUGUCGUAUUUUUGUUCGCUUGUGGAGCUGUCGUUCUUUGUGAUGACACUGCUGGAAAUGGGGAUCCAGUUGCAUCCACUUUGCAAAAUUUGCUCGACAAUUUGCAGAAAAACUUGGGAACUGGUGACUUGACUAAACUUACUGAAAUCCUGAAGGCCGGUGAGGCUCGAUUGAAGGAAUCGAUUCAAAAAGUUAACAGUGACAAGAUUCGCGAGAAUCUCACAAAAGUUGAAGCUGACAUCGCUCAAUUAGUGCAAAAAUUGUCAUCGGGCAAAGGCAGCCUGGAUGAUGUUAAGGCAUUUAUAAACAAUGCAAAAGACAAGUUUAAGCAACGUUUAAGCGAUCGCAUCAAGGAAUUCACACAGGAAAAGAAAACUAAUUGAAAUUCGUCCAGAAGAAUCGAUGAAAGCAGUUAAAUUUAUAAUUAAAAAGAAAAUGUUUCUAAAUUCGUUUGUUCUUGCUGAUAUUACUCAUUAGAUUGAUGGUUUCUAUUUAAUUAAUUCGAUUUUUGCAAUAAAAAAUGAAAAUUUAAUACAAUGGAAAAGAUGUAGACCAAAUAUUUUUCUUAUUG